GUUCUGAACAAAAUUGUUCUUGAUGCCAUGGACCCUCUCAGCAUUCCUGCCUCUAUAGCUGGCGUCACCAUGGCUACCCUCAAGAGUGUCCAACUCCUCGUGCAGACCAUCGAGAAUAUUAGAGAGGCUCCAGUCAUUGUCUUGAGCAUCAGCAAUGACCUUCGGACAAUCCAGCCUGUACUACAAAGUCUUGCCGGAGCAAUGCAAAACAAUUCUUCGCAGAUCGUUCUGAAUGAACAGAUCCAGUUCGCUGUUAAAAAUUGCAAGAAAGGAUGCAACGCGUUUCAGUUGCAAGUAGAACACUGGAUGAGGCGUUCUACAGGGGACAAAAUGUUCUGGGUAGACAGAUGGAAGGUUGCACUGUUUGGCCUCGAGCGGAUCAAUACAUUUAAGGGCCAGUUGAGUGCCUACAAGGCCACUCUCAGCGUAGCACUCUCAACAGCGACAAUCAUUACCACCGCCCGCCAGGAGAAUCUAAUGAAAGAGCUCAGGGAUAUGAUGCUUCGGCAGAACGAAGUUGUUAUCCGAGAGCAGGUCGUGCAAGCAGAUGCUGAGGCAAACGAGAUACAAAGCACCAUAGAGCAACUUACAGUGGGUACUAGCAGUAAGUUGAGCCUCAAGGCGCAGUCGAGCGCGGAGCUUGAACAUAGUAGACAGGAGGUCUUUCAGGAACUUGGACGACAACAAGACGCGAACAACAUCUUGAGAGAGCUGUGUGAGGAAGCACUGUCUCAAACAGUCCAUGAGCGCACAGGCCAGAAGAUCAAGGGCGUCUACGCAACGAACAACAGUUCGGCUCUUGCAGGAUUUAUUAAUACUUCUGAACAAGAGUCAAGAAUUGAUCAGGACAUUUCGGAUGUUGUUGCUGAUAACUGGAGUCUUGCAGUUGCUGGGGUUGUCAAGAAUAUAGACUUUAAGGACUUUGCUCCGUGUGCGCCAGGCCGGAGUGGAAUAUGAC